UUUAAUAAACCAAGAAAAAUUAUAACAUUUUUGUUGAGAAAAAUGGGUUUUGGAUCUUCUUCACCCUCGAAACCAAUUCAUGUAAUGAUGGUUUCAUUUAUGGGACAAGGCAGCGUCACUCCUCUUUUUCGUCUCGGCAAGCUAAUUGCUUCAAAGGGAACAGUCGUUACCUUCGUCAGUCCUGAGUUUUGGGCGAAGAAAAUGAGAGAAGCUAACAAGAUCGUCGACAGUGAGCUUAAACCGGUUGGUGCUGGUGCAAUCAGGUUUGAGUCUUACGACAAAGAAUGGACUGAAGAAGAUGACAGCAGAGGUGAUUUCAGUGCGUACAUGUCACAUCUCGAGGACGCAGGGAAACGUGAAGUGUCUAAACUCGUAACAAGCUACAUGGAAAAGAAGGAUCAUGUCGCGUGCUUGAUCAAUAAUACUUUCCUUCCAUGGGUGGGCGAUGUGGCGGAAGAGUUCAACAUUCCUUGUGCACUUCUCUGGGUUCAGUCAGCAGCUUGUUUCUCAGCUUAUUACCAUUACCAAGAUGGCUCUGUUCCUUUCCCGACAGAAACUGAGCCUGAGCGUGAUGUUAAGCUCCCUUGCUUUCCUGUCUUGAAACACGACGAGAUCCCGAACUUUCUCCAUCCUUCUUCUAAAUAUCCCGGGUUUUCGAAAGCGAUUCUUGGACAGUUCAAGAACUUGAGGAGGCCCUUAUGUAUCCUAAUGAAUUCCUUUAAUGCACUGGAACAAGAACUGAUAGAGUACAUGUCUGCUUUUUGUCAAAUCAAAACUGUUGGACCGCUUUCCCUAUUCGCUAAGGAGGUGAGCUCUGAUGUGAGUGCUGACAUGUGCAAAGCCUCGGAUGAAUGCAUCGAGUGGUUAGACUCAAGACCAAAGUCAUCUGUUGUCUACAUUUCUUUCGGGACGGUGGUUUACUUCAAGCAAGAACAAAUGGAAGAGGUUAUUUACGGAGUUUUGAAUUCGGGUUUAUCCUUCUUGUGGGUGAUUAGACCUCCAGUGAAAGCAAUGCGGGUCGAGGCUAAUGUCUUGCCUCAAGAGCUUUUUGACGCGGCUAAUAGCGGUAGAGGAAAGAUUGUGGAAUGGUCUCCACAAGAGAAAGUCUUGGCUCAUCCUUCAGUAUCGUGCUUCGUCUCUCAUUGUGGAUGGAACUCCACAACGGAGGCUUUGUCUAUUGGAGUUCCGGUCGUUUGUUUACCGAAAUUGGGAGAUCAAGUCAUGAACGCGGUUUGUCUCAUUGAUAUUUUCAAGAUGGGAGUUAGGCUUGGUCGUGGAGCGAUAGUGGAUAGGGUUGCGCCGAGGAAGGAAGUGACCGAGAAGCUUCUGGAAGCCGCGGUUGGGGAGAAAGCCGAGGAGUUGAAGAAGAAUGCUUUGAAAUGGAAGGCCAAGGCAGAAGCCGCAGUGGCUCCUGGAGGAUCAUCGGAUAAGAGUUUAUGGGAGUUUCUGGAGAUGAUAGGUGUGAGAGUUUCGCAAGAAAAGCCUAACAUUCAUGCAUAAAAAUUUAUUGCAUUUUAGCCUAUGGUUUGUGAUGCAGCGUUUGUUGCAUACUUGAUAGGCCUUUGCUUCGGUGUUUGGUUUUUGUUUUUGGAUUUGUAGUUCAAAUAAGUUAAUCUUUUGUUUCAGAUUGGCUUUAUCUUCUUCUAUUAUGAUUAAGUUUCGUGAGUCUUAUACCCAAUUCUAUCUAUGUAAACCACUAUUUACAUUGCCUCUUUAUGGUCAAUUUCGUGAGUCUUAUACCCAA